AUGGAAAAUAGCGAAUGUAUCGAAACCUUGUGUCGCAUCUGCUCGGCUCCCGGUUCGCAUAGUAUUUUUUCACGUAUUCCGGCGUACUGCCACGACCACUACCGCGAGUACGCCCGGUGGAAGCAACCGAUCUACAUGCUGAUAACGGAAGUCACCGGCAUUGAGAUAUCAGAAAGCGAUGGCUUGCCGAGGAAGAUAUGCGAGCUGUGUAUUUCAUACCUGAAGCAUGCCUACACAUUCCGCCGUCAAACGAUCGACAACAUUGCCGGACUGUUGGCGGCCAAAUAUCUUUCGGACCAUCACCGCAAGGAGGACAACAAAACGUCAAAGGAAGGGUCAUUGAGGGAAGAAAUCAUCACGACCGCACCGAAUAUGGUCUCCAAUUUCACCAACAACCGGUCAAAAGCGAAACAGGUAAAAAAACCGGUGAUGCAUCGGUUCGUGGCCAAGAAGCCUCCGAAUAACAACGUUGAGGAAGAGGCGGAACUACUGGGCGAACUGGACGAACCGAGCUCCGGCAUUUUCGGGUAUCGCGAGAAAGAAUUCGUUGAGGACGAUGUGAUGAUGGAUCUGGACGGAUUGCAAGAGCAUGGCGUAACGUUCACACUGCCGGAAGAUUACAAGGAAAAGAAAUGUUUCGCGUGCCGGAAACGGUUCAUGUUUACAGAAACGUACGUUGCACAUGUGAACGAGUGUCUGCUGUACAAGCUUACCGAAGCGAUACGGGCGAUGUACCAGAUAAUGUUUCUGAAAGAGCAGAGCGCUAUUUCUGCGUUCGAGUUUAUACGCCGGGCUGUGUUCACCAUCCGGAAGUCAUAUCGUUUGGUUCUUUCGUACGAUGGUGAGGUUGAUGGGGCCGAUGGUGGAGAAAUGGAGGACACUACGGAUGGAGGUUUUCCCCUUGCCGAAGUACUUACGGCAAAUUCGGACUUCCCUGACCUUCAUCAUCGGCAGCUUGAGAUCGAUUCGUACAGUGAUAGUGAUUCUUCAGAUUCACCGAAGGCAGCACCUCAACCGACAACCAUGAAUAAUGCUUCCCAACCAAGCACGAUUCCAUCCGUACGUGAUAACGUUGCGCGGUACUUCUCGGUACCACCACCUAUAGGUGGUCACUCAAAGAUGGAUAUUAUUAAAAAUCGGCUCACCAAAACAGAAGCGGAGGAGGUGAACGAAACUGGCCACUCCGAACGAAUGUACAAGAUGAUAAAAUGCAAAAAAUGUGAUGCACAAUUCCUCACCAUCUCACACCUGGACGAGCACACGAAGAAAGCGCAUCAGCAACGUCUGCGAACGUGAGGCCUGUCUGCGGGUGAGGUC